UUUAUUUUUUAGCUAUUAGAAAAGACGUGUGUGCUUGUACCAAAAUAUAUAUUUCAAGUUGCUUUAUUAACCACCUUAUGAGGACAACUGUUGGGUUUGACCCUCUAUCCUCUCUGAGCUCUGCCCUCUUCAUCUUGACGCGGCUCCAAUCUCUGACCAGCUUGUAGCACGACUUUCUGAACUCCACAGUCUGUUCCUGCAUGGUAUAUGGCCACUUGGGUGUCCUACUUGCGCGCUCUAACAGUGGCUGCUCUUUUCCAUGCGCCGUUGUCGAGUUGCUGGCGAUAUUCGCAAUGCCUUCUCCUUCGCAAUCUGCGCUGAGCAGCGUGGUUUCCAGCAGUCUUUGCAGAGCAGUUGCCAUUUCUUCCUGAUGGCCACCUUGCGGAGUACCCGUCCGCCCAGGAUCAUGAGCUUCUGCUCCUUCUCACUGACUUCCACAACCGACAGCCAUUUCGGUCCUUCAGGCCUCUGGUUCUGGCAAUCCUCCACUACUGCUGCUGACGACGGCUCAAGCCACCCAUCUGGCACUCCGAUAUAUGGGUUGCAGUUUUGUUCUGGGUGCUUGUGCCACUUGUCUGCUGCUCGCUCUGGCCAUGCCUGCUGUUCCCUUGGCAUCCCUGCCACCUUGUUGUCCUGGUUCCAUACCUCCGCCGAUGGCCCUGCUGCUGUGUGUGCUGCGCGCUCCCCACCGGUUGCAUCUGGAAUCUGCUCCAGUGCACCCAUCGUCGAGGGCAAUUCUGCCGACCACUGCACCAACCACUGUUGCGACACCUCUGGCUGCUCCCCAGACACUGGCCGUGCCCUGGGCUGUUUGUACCAAAAUAGGUAUUAAACAUGUAGACCAUUUGAGCCUAUUUUGUAUAUAUGACUAUACUUUGCAUAUUGAUUGAAUAUUUAAACAUGGCACGUUCUGCAAUAGAGUCCAUGCUCGAUAUACUUUUUUCUCUGUAAAAACACGGCACAUUGGACUAGCAACUGAUACUCUGGAUUUGCCGCAAUGAAAAAAUGAGCACGAAACAUGG